CUUUUGUGGGUGAAAAGGAAAAGGGUCAAUAGCCUCUAUUGUCAGAGGGAUUUUGCAGCGUCAAGUAAAAAUCCAGAGUAGCUUCACAGACGGCAACGGUGGAACCGGAUAUGUAACCAGUAUCCGUUCCUAGUUACCAUAACCACUAAAAUGGCGCUGAAUACUGUGGUGAAGGUUCACCCUGUUGUUCUUUUCCAAAUUGUUGAUGCAUAUGAAAGAAGAAAUGCAGAUGCCCAUAGAGUUAUAGGCACUCUGUUAGGCACAGCAGACAAAGGCACUGUCGAAGUUACGAACUGUUUUUGUGUGCCACAUAAGGAAUAUGAAGAUCAGGUGGAGGCGGAACUUAAUUAUGCCAUGGACCUUUUUGACCUGAAUCGCCGUGUAAAUCCUCAAGAAAACGUUGUUGGUUGGUGGGCGACAGGAAAUGAAGUAACAAGCCAUUCGUCUGUUAUACAUGAAUACUAUGCACGUGAAUGCAACAAUCCCGUUCAUUUGACCCUGGAUACAACAUUACAGGAUGUCAGAAUGGCAAUCAAAGCGUACUUAAAUGUUCCCAUUGGUGUCCCAAGGCGCAAAUGUGGCUGCAUGUUUACACCUGUUGCAGUUGAAAUACUUUGUUAUGAACCUGAAGUUGUUGGAGUUCAGUUGUGCCAGAAGACGGUCAUGUCUGCAGUCUUAGCUGCCGGAGGUCGGAAGUCUGCACUGAAACAAGCGCCUCUGGUGGAACCCAUGCCAGAUCUGGCCCAAGUGGCAGAUGCUGCUGCCAAGCUGACUGAACUGCUUGAUAAGGUUCUCGCCUAUGUGGAAGAUGUGUUGCGUGGGGCUCAGCCUGGCAGUCGUCCACCGGAUAACGCCAUUGGCCGUGCACUUCUGGAUAUGGUCAACUCCGUUCCUCGGAUGACACCUGAAGAGUUUGAGGAAAUGUUCCAUUCCAAUAUCAAGGAUUUGUUAAUGGUGAUAACAUUAGCACAGUUAACGAAGACGCAGCUGCAGCUGAAUGAGAAGCUGACUCUCAUAACGACACUAUGAUGAUAACCAUCCUGGCUGGAGUAAUAUAUUUCCUAGCCAGCAGACUAGUUCCUGUUUCUCGCGAAGAGCAGGGCCUCGAUUGUAACGAACAUGAAUCAUCAGUUGCCACGUAAACAUAAUCAGUGUAAAUAAUCUGCCUUCCAAUCUUCAAAUGAGCUCAUGUGUUGAGUUCACAAAAAUAGUGUCUUCAGUGGAAGAAAUCAUAUGUUUUUGUAUAUUUUGUGAUUUUAUGUAAUAAACUGGAUCUUUGGAAAAGCAAAGUUUUUUGUGGAAGAAUUAACUUACUAAUAAAUUAAUUGGCAUACUGUUGUAAA